AUGUCACCGCUGCCUCCGUUGCACGCGGACAUGGAAAUGCGGCAAUGUAGUGAAAUCAAUAAACGUGAGCAUUGGAGGCGGAAAACCGAUAGCUGCAGCACGGGAAGCGGUUGGCCACACGGACCUGCCAUCUCAAGGCUGGAACGUUUGGCUUCGUCGGUCGCGACGGUGGGUCUGCUGUGGUUAGCCAUUGGAUGCACGUUUGCGGUCGCCAGUUCCGUGCACGAUGGCCACUGCAAACACCAACAUCCCAAGGCACAUGAGGUGGUGCAUGGAGUACAGUUGGAACCGCUGCAUGUAAUCCGGAAGCGUAGCAUCGAUCAACCGCUUCGGAUACUGAUCGUGUACGAUGAAUCUGUCUACCGGUUAGAUACCGACAAGUUUUCUCUCAUUAAUAACACCAUCCUGCCGGAAGCGGUACGAUUUUGGGAGCAAGCCCUGAUGGUGCGUCAGACAAAGGAAACCAUAAGACUGAAUCGGAAAUGUGAAAGCAGCCAGGUGUUUGUGAAAAACUCGAUGACGUACUGUAUCGAUUCCUGCAAGCAAGCUACACUCUGUGGCGAAGUUCAAGUACCGCCGGACCAUCUCGAUGUGUGUCGGGUUUGCAAUUCUACCGGACAGGAUUGCCACGAAGAUGCUAAUACAACAGCCGGGCAGGGUAUUUCCAAUGCGGACUUUGUGUUUUACGUUUCCGCGCUACAGUCGGAACGUUGCCAUAAAGGGCUUACGGUUGCAUAUGCGGCACACUGUCAACAAGAAGCAGCGCUCGAUCGUCCCAUCGCCGGUCAUGCGAAUCUGUGCCCGGAUAGCAUUAGCACCAAACCGCAGGAGCUUCAAACGUUACUGUCCACGGUGAAGCACGAGAUACUGCAUGCGCUUGGGUUUUCUGUGAGUCUUUACGCGUUCUUUCGGCACGACGAUGGUACUCCACGCACACCUCGCAAACCGGACACUGGAAAGCCUUACUUGAAUGAAAAGUUCCAGAUACACCAGUGGAGUGAAGACACCAUCCGCAAAGUGGUACGCACCGAUUGGGCCGUGCGUGACGGUACGAUUAAUCGUACGAUCGAUAUGUUCGUUACACCGCGUGUAGUGCAGGAGGUUCGCGAUCACUUCAGCUGCCAGAAGCUAGAGGGUGCCGAGCUGGAGGAUCAAGGUGGCGAAGGGACGGCACUGACACACUGGGAAAAACGUGUAUUGGAAAACGAAGCAAUGACGGGUACGCACACACAAAGUUCGGCCUUUUCACGCAUCACUUUGGCCCUGAUGGAGGAUUCGGGAUGGUAUAAAGCCAACUAUAGUAUGGCAUCACCGUUGACGUGGGGUCGUGGAUUGGGUUGUAAUUUUGCCAUGCGUAGCUGUAAGGAAUGGAUCACAUCCAACACACUGAGAGGUCGCUCGAUUCAUCCCUUCUGUGCAAAAGUGAAACGCGAUCCACUUCAAACGGAAUGUACCGACGAUCGUAGUUCGGUUGCUUUGUGCAACCUGGUGCGCCACACAACGCCACUGCCACCACAGUACCAAAACUUUGAUUCCUUAGCACACGUUCCUGUCGGUGAGGAAGGAUACUACGGUGGAUCCGUUUCGCUUGCCGAUCACUGCCCAUAUAUACAAGAAUUUACCUGGCGUAGCAAAAAUGUAGUCGUCCGUGGAUCCCAAUGCCAGUUUGAAGAUAACAAUCCCAAACCAGAGAAAAACUUCGCUCUCGAAUCCUAUGGACCUACAUCGAAGUGUUUUGAUCACACCGAGAACAUGUGGGAGGAACGUUCCUGCAGACAAACGCGAGAAUGGCAGCACUGGGGUUCCGGUUGCUACCAGUAUCGUUGCCAACAUGGCCGUUUACAUAUUCUGAUAGCGAAUAAAUCCUACGAGUGUUACUUUGCCGGACAAAAGCUUAAAGUGCAACUCAUGGCAGAAGGUUGGUUGCACCGUGGAGCUGUUGUAUGUCCAUCCUGCAAGGAGAUCUGUAACCCCGAAUUUGAGCGGCGUGGCGAGCGCUGUAAAAUUAGCGAAAGUGCCCCACCGGAUAGUUAUUAUCCAAGGGAUGAGCUAAAGUGUAGCAGCGCUCAUACGCCACACUCCAAGGCAUUGCUUUCGAGCUUGAUACUUUUAUCAUUGGCCACGGCCGCCAGUACGAGUGUUCCCCGGAUAUAUAGCUAA